AUGUCCAAUAAUCAAAAGAAAGACAGUUAUGUUAUCUGCAAAUGUCCAGACUAUACAAAGUUGGAUAGCUGUGGAAAGAAACAGAAGAGACAAAAUGCACAACGACACUAUGAGAAACAUAUAGUGCCUGUUGCCAAAGACGAUGCAAUGGAUGUUCCUGAAGAACAUUUUGACAACAUGGAAGUAGAUAGUAUUGACAGUAACAAUGACAAUGAUUAUGAUUACAAAAACGAAGGUGAAGGCGAAUAUGAAGAUGAAAAUGAAGAACAAAAUAUUGAAUUUGAUCAAGAAGUUGACUUACCUUUGUCCCAAGAAGAGUUCAUCUUUACUGCCGAAGAUACAAUUACAGGAGCAUUUGUGAUUGAUGGUGAUGAGAUUGAAGAAGGCAAUACCAGUUUUGAUUUUGAACAAGAAGAAAACUUUGGUGAGACCAGUGGGACCUUGAUAGUAGAAUCAGUUUGUCCUUCGUCUUUUGAUAACAUGCUCUUGUAUAUCUGCUUUGUUGUAGUAUUCAUUGUCAUAUUUCACUUGAUCUUUUUUGUGGAAAGCGGUGGAUCGAUUCUCAUUGAAUUAUGUAAUACUCUACUUUCUCUUUGUGAUAUGUCUGGUGCCCUUCCACUGACGAUCAAUAGCUUGAAGCAUAAAACAGGAUUUAAUAUGGCAACAGACGGAAUGACAGUAUACAUUGCAUGCUCAUAA